AUGAAGUCAAUUGAAUCGAGUCUAACAAACGGUGGUAUUAAUAAACCACCACCAUAUCCUGUUGAACGUUCAACAAUGAUUAUUGAUCCACCAGUUCCUGAUCCUCAUUCAGCUGAUUUAGUUUCUGCUGUUCAAUAUGGUUAUUAUGAUCGUGUUGUUGAAUUAAUUGAACCUGAACCAAAUCUUGCUAUAACGCCAGUUAAUGAUAAUAUAACAUUACUUCAUUGGGCAGCUAUUAAUAAUCGUAUUGAAAUUGCAGAAUAUUUAUUAAAUAAACAUGCACAAAUUGAUGUCUUCGGCGGUGAACUUAAUUCAACACCAUUACAUUGGGCUAUACGUGACGAUAAACUUCAAAUGGUUAUUUUUCUUUUAUCACAUAAUGCACAAGCAUCAUUAUUUGAUGGUGAAGGUUUUUCAUCAAUACACCUUGCUAGUAUGUUUGGUCAUACAGAUAUUGUUGCAUAUUUAAUUGCUAAAGGACAAGAUAUUGAUUUACUUGAUAAACAUGGUAUGACACCAUUAAUGCAUGCUGUUAGAAGAGUAAAAAAUCGUGAACCAACUCAAUUACUUGUUCGACUUGGUGCACAAAUAAAUUAUCAAAAUCCAUUUAAUAAAUUUACAUCACUUCAUUAUGCUAUUAUUGGAUCAAAUAUCGAAGCUAUUCGAAUUCUUCUUGAUGCUGGAGCUAAAACUGACAUACGUAACUAUGAUAAUGAAGAUGCGUAUGAAUUAGUAGCAAGACAACCAACAAAUCAUAAUUUAGCUUCACUUUUAUCAUCAUAUCGAUUUUCAAAUCAUAAUUUACCAAAAUGGUUACAAUUUAAUAGUUUAUAUCGACGGUUAGGAACAAAAUUUUUACCUUAUUUUUUUAUAAUUAUUAUUGCAUGUAUAUUUCAAUUUAAUUUUUCAUUAAUUUAUAAAGUUAUUCUUAUUCUUGCAUUAAUUUUAUUAACAAAAGGAUAUAUGAUGGUAUUUUUUGAUAAUAAUGUUGAUCGAUAUUUACCAAUUGCUAUAGCUCAAGCAUCAAUAUUUUGGCUUUAUAUUUGUUAUUUAUAUUAUUUUCUUCAAUAUGUACAUAUAAUAUCAUGGAAUUUUUUUUGUCUUAUUAUAUGUACAUAUUUUUCAUGGAAAAAUUAUUAUUUUGCAAUCAAAAGUGAUCCUGGUGUUAUUAUUAAUAAUAAUCGUGAACAACGAUAUAGAAUUAUUAUUCAAUUAAUUGAACAAAACUUAUUUGAUUAUGAAAUUUUUUGUACAUCAUGUCUGAUAAGACGACCAAUUAGAUCAAAACAUUGUCGAGAAUGUCAUAGAUGUAUUGCAAAAUUUGAUCAUCAUUGCCCGUGGAUUGAUAAUUGUGUUGGUGAAAAAAACUUCCGAUAUUUUACUGGUUUUUUAUUUUUUACACCAUUAUGUCUGGGUUUUUAUCUUCGUGGCGCAUAUCUAUAUUACCGUUAUCAUUGUUAUGUAUUUUCGUCUGAAACAAUCAUUGAUAGUUUGAAACAAAUGUUAAAGUGUUCGCCAGCUGUUCUUUGGCUUUCAUCAAUUGCUCUUCUACAUAUAAUUUGGAUUAGUAGUCUUUGUAUAACAAUUCUUUUUCAGACUGCAACUGGUUAUACAACAAAUGAAAAAAUAAAUUCAUGGCGUUAUAGAUAUCUUAAAUUAAAAAAUUAUAGUCCAUUUUCAUUAGGAUGGAGACAAAAUUUCGUAGAUUCAAUUAAUCAACGUAUACUUUGGUAUAGACCAAUUAAUAUUGAUUGGACACGAAUUUAUUCAAUAGAGGAUUUUUAUCAAACAAUUCCAUUAAGAAUAAGACAAAAAUUAAAUUUAUCUUGUGUAAAUUCUUCCACGGAUUUAUUAAACGUCUGA